AACUGACAGUUGUCGCAACAGCAAAACAAAAAUCAUUGGCCAAAAAUGUCCGUUCCAAACGUACCGAUCUGCCGAAUUUGUCUCUCAAACGAUGAGCUACAGUAAUUACACAUGCAGAUACAUUGCCCGUGACCGUCUGUAGCCAGUGUAUAAAUCGGUUGGAACAAUUCUACGAAUAUUACUGCAAAUCGGAGACUUCACAACGGAUUUUAACGGAAGGGAAUGGCAACCUCAGUGUUUUAAACAGGCAAAAGAGAACACUUCCUGAGAACCAUCGGCUCAAAACGUCACUGGCUGUGAACAGAGGUACACCCGAAAUGCACACGAGAACUUGUGUAGUGUCCGAGCAGCAGGAGCAUGGUUCCAUAUCGCUUGCCGACCAGAUGGACCCGAUCCUUACACAAUCCCCACAAGUUAAUCGUGAGAUACAAAACCCUCGGUCAUCGAUGUCUCCACGGCCAACGUUGAGCUUUUUACAUCAUGGAUCCAAAGACAGAAGUAAACGAAAGCGGAAGAAAGCUUUGACUCAAGAUGAAUUUAUGAAAUUUUAGAAUAGAAACACGCAUUAUACUAGAGCAGAUUUAGCAAUAAAUGGUUGUUCAAAGAUAGACUAAAACAUUUUUCCCUGCACGAUAUACCAGUUAGAACGGGGCCAAAUGCAAACCGGCAUUGGGUGCCAUAAUGGUAUAAUUGGGGCGGCCCGGUGGUAUAGGUAAUAUACGGCACCAGUCCACACGGCAGGACCAUGGAUCAAAUCCCAUCUGGACCGUCUCCCCGUAGCAAGGACUGACUAUCCGGCUACGAGGUAGAAAGAAGUCUAGUAAGCCAGAAAUGGCCGGCGUGACCUUAGAGGUCGUUGAAACAAAUAAGAGAGAGAGAGAAAAUAGUAUAAUUGGAGCGGCCCGAUGGUAUAUGUGAUAAACGGCGCCGGUUCCACGCGACAGGACCGAUUAUCAAAUCCCAUCUUCCACGGACUGAGUAUCUAGCUAAAUUAUUUACAGUUUCUUUAUCUCCAAGGUCUGCUUUGAAUGUUCGGGAAAGUAGCAGUAAAUCGAUUCAUUUAUCAGCAUCACCUAAUCAAUCCACCGUUCUCGCAUUUAUGUCGAUGAAAUUGCGUCUUUUUUCUCCCCAAACAUUUUGCAUACUAAUUAACGAAUCUCAAUUAAUCCCAGCGCAUGUGGUGGCGGUCACACUAUCUGCAACAAAAUCCCCAGACCGCUGUACCGAGCGUGCCUUGAUGACUCAUAUUCAAUUGAUCUUGAUCAACAUCAUCGUGCGUGCAUCUACUGAUCCGUUAGGUGGUAAUAUGCAUCUCUUCGCAAGUUGAAAUCCUUCAUUCUAGGGAAGGGGUAGGGAAAGACGAAGAAUAAUGAGCUGACGGACACGCUGAAGGACAACAUACCGUUGUUCACAGGUUAGACAUCGCGAAACAGAAAUCCAUGAUCGUUAUCGGUGAUGUAAAUAAUAUCAAUUGGUUCUCCGAUGAUAGUGCAGGAUCAUACCAAGGAAGCGGUAUAUUUAGACAUAUACUCGAUUGCAAUAGUCAUAUUUUUCCAAAAAACUUUUUAUUCUUUUCCCAACUUUUCGGGACUUCCCUACAUGACUAUCCUAGGCGCUACUGGUAUGAUUAUAUCCCGGUUAGAAAUUCCACUCGUAGAACUACCCAAACGGUCAAGCAAAAACCAUAUGUUCAUUUAAUAGUACAACCACCUUCACAUGCGUCCAGUCGAUCAAAGUGGUCUCUAUCGUCACGCAUUAAUAAUUAGCGUAACUCAACGAUUCGCAUCGAUGUGCGUGUGGUCUCACUAUCUACAAGAAAAAUCCCCAACUGCGCGCGAAUUCACCCUAUUAUGCAGAUUGGGCGACAUUCACAGUCAGUUAUUCUUAAACUUCGCUGCUGGUCGGUUGUGCACAAAAGGAAGCAAAAAUGGUUUCAGUUUAUCUGUUCCCACUGAUCGUCGCUUUUAUUGCCAUUGGAGGUUUCGACGUGGGUGCAACACAAAUCGGAUGUAGGGCACCAGAUGAACGAUGCCUGCCAAUUCGUCACUGUCCACCGGUGUACAAUCGUGCCUUAAAAGACGAACAUAAGCAUAAUAUCACCUUCGGAAAGGAGCUGUUUCGCAGAAUAUGUCAACCGAAAAUACCGAUGGAAACGAAAACUCACAUUUGCUGUCCCAAACCUCACAUCGAAUGUCGCCUUAAUGAGAAACCCGGCGCGUGUUUACUGCGUGAACAAUGUCCAACACUAAAAUCGACCCCUGAGCGACAGUUGAUGCGUUCCAUCGAACAGAACCUCUGCUACGUACAUGAUGCAAAGAACUACUUCUGCUGUACAGAUGAUCUCUGUGCCUCGAUCAAAAGUCUGUGUGAUCACCCACCGUUAACUAACCACCGUACUUCUGCAUUUCCAACGUGCGCGAGCAGCAACGGUGCCGCGGGCUUCUUAGUACCGGAACUGAUUUGUAGUGAUCAAGCACGAUCACCAAAGCAAACAGCUGAUCGUGUGUGCUGUGUACCACCGAAAAUCGAUCACUUGAUAUCGCACCCAAAUGCAGCCAAACUGGCCCAAACGACGUGCGGUACGAUUGGUUCGAUCAAUAAAAUCGAAAACGGUACGUUUGCACAGCGCGGGGAAUUCCCGUGGAUGGUGAAGCUGGUUUACAAGAGGAAGGAAGUGUGUAGUGGUACGCUGAUUCAUCCACGGUUCGUACUUACCGCCCGGCACUGUAUCAAUACGAAACUGACGAAGGUUCAGCUUGGAAUACAUGAUCUCCGCAAAAAGGACGGCGUGCAGGAGAUUAAAAUCGUGAAAACUUCUCUCCACAAUAUAUAUGACGUCGGACUGUUGGAAUUGGCAAAACCGGCCAUGCUGGAUGAAGAUCUCGUACAGCCAAUCUGUUUGCCGGUUUACGCAUCCCUUCGCAUGUAUUUACCCCGGACGGUUACCAUUAGUGGGUGGGGAAUGAUGAAGAACCAUAAAUUGCCGUCGGUGCUGAUGAAAGCGGACACAUCGGUGUCGAUGAAUGAGCAAACGUGCAACAAUGACCAUAUGAUUUGUGUCGGCGGUUUGAAACAUCUCAAUCAUUGUCCCGGUGAUUCCGGCGGACCGUACCAAGCGCUCAGUACAUUCGGAGAACUUUCCGGUGGACGGUAUGUGCAGUACGGCAUCAUCUCGGAUGGACCGGCCUACUGCUCCAGUCCGGACCGUCCGAGCCGCGGUGUUCUCGUAGGAUAUGUCAUAGAUUGGAUCCUUGACCAUAUGCAACUUUAAGCUAAUGUAUAUAUGUUGGGCUUCGGUUUCAAAACGACGACAACUAAGAUAGCCCAGAUCAUACAGUGGUGGAUUCUGUUUUCGAUUACGGCGGCCAUUGUACAUACGGUCAGGCGGACUUUAGUUCAUAAACAUAAAAUACUCAUAGUUUUAUACACAUUGCCAGUUCCCAAACGAAAUGGAUGGUUGGUUGGUUAUAAUAUUAAAGAGAUUUUGAAACACUUAAGCGAUUUCCAAACGAAAUGAAAUAUGAAUACCUUGAAAAGGGAAUAAUAAACGGGUAACUGUCUCAUGUCCAACGA